UUUUUUUUUUUAAUAGACAAUGGUGUACUCAUUAUAUGUUAUCACAGGUGCAAACAGAGGAUUUGGUCGAAGUAUUGCUUUGACAUUAGCUAACAAGUGUCAAAAUGAUAUUGCCUUUAUUCUUAUUGGACGCGAACUGGCUUCACUACAAGUGGUAUCUGCUGAAUUAGGUCAAUAUCAACACGUCCGUUCCGUUGAACUUGCUGCUGAACCUCAUGGUCUUGAUAAUGCUGCUACAACAACUCAAUUAUUGCUUGAAGGUGUAGAACCGUUGGUGUCCGCUCUUCUUCCAGAAAUUGGAUCCAUAACAUUGAUCAAUAAUGCUGGCUCGACGGGCGAUUUGUCUCAAACAGUGGCAGAAUAUCAACCUGAAACUAUCCAAUCGUAUAUAGACAUGAAUGUUACUUCAUAUAUAACUUUAGUAUCUGGAUUUUUAAAACUGUAUCAACAAAAAUGGGCAAAUGAAUCAAGAUCCUUACAAUUAGUGAAUAUUUCUUCUUUACUUGCGAUUCAACCAUUCUCACACUGGGGACUUUAUGCAACAGGAAAAGCAGCCCGUGAUAUGCUAUUGGCGGUGAUUGCAAAAGAAUAUCAGUCAUCUUCUUUGAUUCGUACAUUAUCUUAUGCGCCCGGUCCUUUGGAUAACGAAAUGCAAUGUCGUGUACGAGAAACUCUAGGUGAUCCAGAACAAUCCGCUUUAUAUAAUGAUAUGGCCAAAAAGGGAAAUUUGGUACCAAUGGAAGAUUCGGCAGGAAAAUUAGUUAGUUUGCUGCAGAACAAUAGUUAUAGUUCUGGUGCUCAUAUAGAUUACUUUGAUAUUUGAAAUAAAACAAGGGUUGAUUUUGUAUAUA